AUGGCGGAAUCCUCUCACUCUCUCGCCAAAAGACGGCGCAUGUCAGCAUCAGAGACAGACAAAUAUCCCGUCAUCGCUGGCUACAGAAUCGCCAGUUACGCAUCGCCAGGAAAACAACUGACAAUGAAUGAACAGAGAAUAAUAUACCAUGCAUGGAAGAAGAGCGGCUCACCACAUAACCCGUUAUGCUAUACUUGCCGCAAGCCAGGCAACAUGUUAUUAGAUUGCGGUGCCUGCUGCCGAUCAUACCACCAAACAUGCGUUCCGGAGCUAUCGGAGCGAAAAACGGAAUUGUAUUGUGAUGCAUGCGUCAAGAGAGGCUGGCACAAUCAUCCUCCAUUGUUUGAAGAUGAGAAACUGAACCAGACUCGUCCAAAAGUUAUGAAUGAGCCUGUGCAAAGGACCACAGUCAAGUUUGAGGAAUUCAGGCCAGUUCGAGGGACUUCCAAAAGCGCUGGUUCCGAGAAGACGAGUGACAAAUCCGAUUCGGACCGCCCAUCACCUGCAUCGGAACAUGGUAAACCACCAAGCAGCGGACAUGGCGACGUUAUGCGCUCUCUUCAGAGCCUUCGCGAAAGAGUCACAAUGCUUGAGAAGGAAAAUGAGGCAAUGCGACUCAGCUCAAGACCCAAUAACCCAAAGAAGCGCGGGUUCAGCGACUAA